GUGAUUCUAAGUAUCGCGCCUUCUUGUGUUCUCGAUUUUGGGCUCAUGCUCCUUGCAAGUGCAACAUCUAGUUUUGCUUUAUUGAAUCUGUUGUCCCAACAAUCUCUCAAGUAAAGCAUUUUCAUGAUUUCCUUUACAUUUCAUCGUCUCUACAGACUUCACCAUUUUACAGCUUCUACUACACUCCUCAAUGGCCUCUUUUUCUCCCAACCUCACCCUUUCUUCAACUUUAAUAAUAACCCCUCUUAUCGCCAUACCAGAUUUGAUUGUUUUACAACAAACCCAGUGCCUUCAGAUUUUGAUUCAGUUGUCAAAAGGGUCUGUUCUUUAGUGUCUGAAUCAUAUUGUAAAGUUCAAGAAAAUACCCAUUUCAAAUCUACACCUCCCAAGUUGAAAUUGCCUAUAGAUUCUAAGUAUUUGACUCAAGAACAAGCUAUAACUGUUGUUGCUUCUCUUGCAGAUGAAGGAGGCUCCAUGCUGGCAUUGAGUUUCUUUUAUUGGGCAAUUGGAUAUGUGAAAUUCAGGCAUUUUAUGAGGCUUUAUAUUGUUUUAGCUAUUUAUUUGAUUAAGAAUGGAAACUUUGAGAGAGCCCAUGAAGUGAUGCAUUUUAUGUUAAGGAAUUUUUGUGAAAUUGGUAUGUUAAAGGAGGCUGUAGAUAUGGUUUUCGAGAUGCAAAAUCAAGGAUUGGUUUUGAAUGCUGGGAGCUUGAAUUCUGUUGUUAGUGUUGCUACUGAGAUGGGACGUGUUGAGAUGGCAGAGAAGGUGUUUGGUGAAAUGUGUGACAGAGGGGUGUGUCCUGAUUCUUUUUGUUUCGAGUCAAUGGUUGUUGCUUAUUGUAGAAUAGGAAGAGUUGUAGAGGCUGAUCGGUGGCUGAGUGCAAUGCUAGAAAGGGGGUUUCUUGUUGAUAAUGCGACUUGCACUUUAAUCAUGAGUGUUUAUUGUGAAAAGGGAUCUGUUAAUAAAGUGUUGUGGAUUUUUAAUCAACUGAUUGAAUUGGGGUUGGCUCCAAAUGUUAUCAAUUAUACGUGUUUGAUAAAUGGAUUGUGUAAGAAAGGCAUAAUUAAGCAUGCAUUUGAGUUGUUAGAGGAAAUGGUUAGAAAAGGUUUGAAACCAAAUGUUUUCACUCAUACUGUAUUGAUUGAUGGUCUUUGUAAGAAAGGCUGGAUGGAUAAGGCUUUUAGACUUUUCCUAAAACUUGUGAAGAGUGACAAUUACAAGCCUAAUGUGCAUACAUAUACAGCCAUGAUAGCUGGAUACUGUAAACAGGAAAAAUUGAAUCGUGCAGAGAUGCUUCUGAGCAGAAUGCAAGAACAAGAGUUGGUCCCUAAUGGCAACACCUACACUGCUCUCAUUGAUGGGUACUGUAAAGUCGGAAACUUUGAUGUUGCUUAUAAAUUCUUGCAUGUGAUGGAUGAAAAAGGCUUGGCGCCAAGCAUUUUUACUUAUAACGCGAUCAUUGAUGGCCUGUGUAAAAAGGGAAGGGUUCAGGAGGCUUAUAAGAUGCUCAAGAAAGCUAUGCAAACUGGAAUUUCGCCAGAUUUAGUGACUUACACCAUUCUCAUAUCUCAGAGCUGCAAGCUAGGAGAUAACAGACAAGCUUUUGCCCUUUUCAGUAAGAUGGUUAAAGCUGGUAUCAGCCCUGAUAUGCAUACAUACACCACAUUAAUUGCUGCCUUGUGUAGGCAAAAGAAAAUGAAAGACAGUGAAAAACUCUUUGAUGAUGCUGUAAUUUUAGGUUUGAUACCUACCAAAGAGACUUGUACUUCCAUGAUAUGUGGAUAUUGUAGAGAUAAAAAUGUGGCCAUGGCCAAGAAGUACUUCCAGAGGAUGGGAGAAUAUGGCUGUGUACCUGAUAGCCUCACUUAUGGUGCUUUGAUUAGUGGGCUUUGUAAGGAGUCAAAGUUGUAUGAGGCUAGAGACCUUUACAAUUCAAUGGUUGAUAAAGGGAUUCCCCCAUGUGAAGUUACACGGCUGACUGUAGCUUAUGAGUAUUGCAAGAACAAUGAACCAACCAUCGCGAUGGGCCUCUUAGAUAGAUUAGACAAAAAACUUUGGAUUCGAACCGUAUCUACCCUAGUCAGGAAGCUUUGCAGUGAAAAGAAUGUGGAUGUAGCUGCUGUAUUUUUCCAUAAACUGCUAGACAAACAGCAGAGUGUGGAUCGAGUAACUCUUGCAGCAUUUAUGUCGGCGUGCUAUGAAAGCAAUAACUAUGACCUUGUCUCCAGUAUGAAUGAGAGGAUAACGAAAGAUUUUGGAGAAUCUACGGUAGAGUGAUCUUGUGACUUGCUGAACAACAACCGAAAGGCUAUUUGGCGGGCGUGCAAGUAGCAAGUUGAAAUGAUUGCUUUAUCCUCUUAAGCAAUGAUGAUAUUUGCAACUUGAGCAUUAAUGCUGGCCCAUCACACUACUGCUUGACUUGGACAAUGCCAAAAGUAUGAAGAAAGUGCUGGGCUAAUUUACUGAUUUGAACAGAAGCGCGUAGCUUGCUCAGAAGUCUAUAUUGUUUGGGCUAUGUGGAAAUUAGCUGUCUGCGGGAUGGUGACCUCUACUCUUCCUUCUUAUACCUUGUCAUGUUAAUAAUUUAGUGUUGACGCAGAUGGCCAAGCUGAGGAAGAUUCUUUUAGUUUUCGAGGGCAAGUUGUUGAAUGAAACUCUUUCAAUGAAUUUACUGCGAUGAUGUGCUUGUAUGAGAAGCUCUUAUAAACCUACCUUGAUAUUAUAUGGAAGUUGACGAUUGCAGAAAUGUUCAUAGUAAGAAAAUCAGGUAUCUUUCUUUUCCUUUGAUAUCCACACAGUCAUUGUUCAGAAAAGAUUGAGAGAUGGGGACACAAGUUGUUAAAAACUUUUAUACAGCGAGAGAGAUUGAUAAGGAACAGUUAUUUGACAGCAAAUAGCAAUCAUCUUAUUACUUCCUUUCUUUUUAACGUACGAAGAUGUUGGCUAGCUCACUAUGUAGCUGUCAAGUCAUAUGCAAUGAAAGGAGUACAGAUUGUGAUUUUGGUUUCUCGUCAUUUUGAUUUUGAUGCAUAAACCUCUUCAGCAAGAUCAUUGUUAGUGAAAGUCCUCUGGUGUCGUCAUUGAAGAUUCCUGAGAUUGUACAUUACCGAGGAUUUCCAGAUUUUUGUUGACAGAGGUGGUAUGCAUUGCAGAUUACAUCAAACUGCCAUCGCAUGUGUCCAACACAUGAAAUGUCUCCAGUCCAACAAUCCUUACCAUGUUCAAGCUAUUUAGGUAUCAUGGAUCUCAAUCUUUGCCUCCAUUUCUGAACUGACAAUCCAAUCUUAAGUUCUUUCUCCAUCUCUCACCGAGUUUGUGAUCAAUGAAAGCAUUUUACCAAGAGUGGUGACCAUCAACUGUAUGUCAUAAAUGAAAAAAAUGCUAGCCUUGUUGAGCCUCUCAAUCGCGGUACUGGGAAAAUUGCUAGCCAAAGGUACUUAGAGCAUGUAUAAAAGGUGGUGUUGCCGUAUGAAUGUUGCUGUUGUUGACAUGCUACCAUUAAGGUUAUGCAGUUGUUCCUAGCUAUACAGAUGUUUUUCCCAAGUGAUUGUAUUGUUUUAUAUUUAUUCAUUUCGUUCUUCCUUUUUGGUACUGUUGAGAACACCAUGUAUCACUUUUUUGACGAAGAGGAAGCUUGAACUUUGACAUUCA